AUGGACGUGGACGUGGACGUGGACGUGGACAUGGACGUGGACGUGGACGUGGACGUGGUCAUGGACGUGGACGUGGACGUGGACGUGGACGUGGACAUGGACAUGGUCGUGGACGUGGACGUGGACGUGGACGUGGACGUGGUCAUGGACGUGGACGUGGACGUGGACGUGGACAUGGACGUGGACAUGGACGUGGACGUGGACAUGGACGUGGACGUGGACGUAGACAUGGACGUGGACAUGGACGUGGACGUGGACGUGGACAUGGAUGUGGACAUGGACGUGGACAUGGACGUGGACGCGGACGUGGACGUGGACAUGGACGUGGACGUGGACGUGAACGUGGACGUGGACGUGGACGUGGACAUGGACGUGGACGUGGACGUGGACGAAGACGUGGACGUGGACGUGGACGUGGACAUUGACGUGGACAUGGACGUUGACGUGGACGUGGAGGAGGUGGACGUGGACGUGGACGUGGAGGACGUGGACAUGGACGUGGACGAGGACGUGGAGGACUUGGACGUGGACAUGGACAUGGACGUGGACGUGGACGUGGACGUGGACGUGGACAUGGACGUGGACAUGGACGUGGACGUGGACGUGGACGUAGACGUGGACGUGGACGUGGACGUGGACUUGGACGUGGACCUGGACGUGGACGUGGACGUGGACGUGGACCUGGACCUGGACGUGGACGUGGACAUGGACAUGGACAUGGACGUGGACGUGGACGUGGACGUGGACAUGGACAUGGACGUGGACGUGGACAUGGACGUGGAGGUGGACGUGGACGUGGAGGUGGACCUGGACGUGGACGUGGAGGUGGACAUGGACUUGGACAUGGACGUGGACAUGGACGUGGACAUGGACGUGGACAUGGACGUGGACGUGGAUAUGGACGUGGACAUGGCCGUGGACGUGGACGUGGAUAUGGACGUGGACGUGGACGUGGACGUGGAGGACUUGGACGUGGACAUGGACGUGGACGUGGACGUGGACAUGGACGUGGACAUGGACGUGGACGUGGACGUGGACAUGGAUGUGGAUAUGGACGUGGACGUGGACAUGGACGUGGACGUAGACGUGGACAUGGACGUGGACGUGGACGUGGACAUGGACGUGGACGUGGACGUGGAGGACGUAGACGUGGACAUGGACGUGGACGUGGACGUGGACGUGGACGUGGACAUGGACGUGGACGUGGACGUGGACGUGGACGUGGACGUGGAGGACGUGGACGUGGACUUGGAUGUGGACGUGGACAUGGACGUGGACAUGGACGUGGACGUGGACGUGGACGUGGACAUGGACGUGGACGUGGACGUGGACGUGGACGUGGACAUAGACGUGGACGUGGACGUGGACGUGGACAUGGACGUGGACGUGGGCGUGGACAUAGACGUGGACGUGGACGUGGACGUGGACGUGGAGGUCGUGGACGUGGACAUGGACGUGGACAUGGACGUGGACAUGGACGUGGACAUGGAGGUGGACGUGGACUUGGACGUGGACAUGGACAUGGACAUGGAGGUGGACAUGGACGUCGACGUGGACGUGGACGUGGACGUGGACAUGGACGUGGACAUGAACGUGGACGUGGACAUGGACGUGGACAUGGACGUGGACGUAGACAUGGACGUGGACAUGGACGUGGACGUGGACGUGGACGUGGAGAUGGACGUGGACGUGGACGUGGACGUGGACAUGGACGUGGACGUGGAUGUGGAGGACUUGGACGUAGACAUGGACGUGGACGUGGACGUGGACAUGGACAUGGACGUGGACGUGGACAUGGACGUGGACAUGGACGUGGACGUGGACGUGGACAUGGACGUGGACAUGGACGUGGACGUGGACGUGGACAUGAACGUGGACGUGGACGUGGAGGACUUGGACGUGGACAUGGACGACGUGGACGUGGACGUGGACGUGGACAUGGACGUGGACAUGGACGUGGAUGUGGACAUGGACGUGGACAUGGACGUGGACGUGGACGUGGACAUGGACGUGGACGUGGACGUGGACGUGGACAUGGACGUGGACGUGGACGUGGAUGUGCACGUGGACAUGGACGUGUACAUGGACGUGGACAUGGACGUGGACGUGGACGUGGACGUGGACGUGGACGUGGACAUGGACGUGGACGUCGACGUGGAGGACGUGGACGUGGACAUGGACGUGGACGUGGACGUGGACAUGGACGUGGACAUGGACGUGGACGUGGACGUGGACGUGGAGGUGGACGUGGAGGACGUGGACGUGGACGUGGACGUGGACAUGGACGUGGACAUGGACGUGGACGUGGACGUGGACGUGGACAUGGACGUGGACGUGGACGUGGACAUAGACGUGGACGUGGACGUGGACAUGGACGUGGACGUGGGCGUGGACGUGGACGUGGACAUGGACGUGGACGUGGACGUGGACAUGGACGUGGACGUGGACGUGGACAUGGACGUGGACAUAGACAUGGACAUGGACGUGGACGUGGACGUGGACAUGGACGUGGACGUGGACGUGGACAUGGACGUGGACGUGGGCGUGGACGUGGACGUGGACGUGGACAUGGACGUGGACGUGGACGUGGACAUGGACGUGGACGUGGACGUGGACGUGGACGUGGACGUGGAGGACUUGGACGUGGACAUGGACGUGGACGUGGACGUGGACGUGGAUGGUCGUGGACGUGGACGUGGACGUGUGGACGUGGACCUGGACGUGGACAUGGACGUGGACAUGGACGUGGACGUGGACAUGGACACGUGGACGUGGACAUGGACGUGGACGUGGGCGUGGACGUGGACGUGGACGUGGACGUGGACCUGGACGACUUGGACGUGGACAUGGACGUGGACGUGGACGUGGAUGUGGACGGUCGUGGACGUGGACGUGGACAUGGACGUGGACGUGGACGUGGACGUGGACGUGGACGUCGACAUGGACGUGGACGUGGACGUGGACAUGGACGUGGACGUGGACGUGGACAUGGACGUGGACGUGGACAUGGACGUGGACGAUGACGUGGACGUGGACAUGGACGUGGACGUGGACGUGGACGUGGACGUGGACGUGGACGUGGACGUGGACGUGGACGUGGACAUGGACGUGGACGUGGACAUGGACGUGGACGUAGACAUGGACGUGGACGAUGACGUGGACGUGGACAUGGACGUGGACGUGGACGUGGACGUGGACGUGGACGUGGACAUGGACGUGGACGUGGACGUGGACGUGGACAUGGACGUGGACGUGGACGUGGACGUGGACAUGGACGUGGACAUGGACGUGGACGUGGACGUGGACGUGGACAUGAACGUGGACGUGGACGUGGAGGACUUGCACGUGGACAUGGACGUGGACGUGGACGUGGACAUGGACGUGGACGUGGACAUGGACGUGGACGUGGACGUGGACGUGGACGAUGACGUGGACGUGGACAUGGACGUGGACGUGGACGUGGACGUGGACGUGGACGUGGACAUGGACGUGGACGUGGACGUGGACGUGGACAUGGACGUGGACGUGGACGUGGACAUGGACGUGGACGUGGACGUGGACGUGGACGUGGACAUGGACAUGGACGUGGACGUGGACAUGGACGUGGACGUGGACAUGGACGUGGACGUGGACAUGGACGUGGACGAUGACGUGGACGUGGACAUGGACGUGGACGUGGACGUGGACGUGGACGUGGACGUGGACAUGGACGUGGACGUGGACGUGGACGUGGACAUGGACGUGGACGUGGACAUGGACGUGGACCUGGACGUGGACGUGGACGUGAACGUGGACGUGGACGUGGACGUGGACAUGGACGUGGACAUGGACGUGGACGUGGACAUGGACGUGAACAUGGACGUGGACGUGGACAUGGACGUGGACGUGGACAUGGACGUGGACGUGGACGUGGACGUGGACAUGGACAUGGACAUGGACGUGGACAUCGACGUGGACGUGGACGUGGACGUGGACGUGGACAUGGACGUGGACAUGGACGUGGACAUGGACGUGGACAUGGACGUGGACAUGGACGUGGACGUGGACUUGGACGUGGACAUGGACGUGGACAUGGAGGUGGACAUAGACGUGGACGUGGACGUGGACGUGGACGUGGACAUGGACGUGGACGUGGACCUGGACGUGGACGUAGACAUGGACGUGGACAUGGACGUGGACGUGGACGUGGACGUGGAUAUGGACGUGGACGUGGACGUGGACGUGGACGUGGAGGACUUGGACGUGGACGUGGACGUGGACGUGGACAUGGACGUGGACGUGGACGUGGACGUGGACAUGGACGUGGACGUGGACGUGGACGUGGACAUGGACGUGGACAUGGACGUGGACGUGGACGUGGACAUGAACGUGGACGUGGACGUGGAGGACUUGGACGUGGACAUGGACGUGGAUGUGGACCUGGACGUGGACGUCGACGUGAACGUGGACGUGGACGUGGACGUGGACAUGGACGUGGACGUGGACGUGGACAUGGACGUGGACAUGGACGUGGACGUGGACAUGGACGUGGACAUAGACGUGGACGUGGACGUGGACGUGGACGUGGACAUGGACAUGGACGUGGACGUGGACAUGGACGUGGACGUGGACAUGGACGUGGACAUGGACGUGGACCUGGACGUGGACGUGGACGUGGACGUGGACAUGGACGUGGACGUGGGCGUGGACAUGGACGUGGACGUGGACGUGGACGUGGACGUGGACGUGGACAUGGACGUGGACGUGGACAUGGACGUGGACGUGGACGUGGACGUGGACGUGGAUUACUUGGACGUGGACAUGGACGUGGACGUGGACGUGGACGUGGAUGGUCGUGGACGUGGACGUGUGGACGUGGACCUGGACGUGGACAUGGACGUGGACGUGGACGUGGACGUGGACAUGGACGUGGACCUGGACGUGGACGUGGACACGUGGACGUGGACAUGGACGUGGACGUGGGCGUGGACGUGGACGUGGACGUGGACAUGGACGUGGACGUGGACAUGGACGUGGACGUGGACGUGGAGGACUUGGACGUGGACAUGGACGUGGACGUGGACGUGGAUGUGGACGGUCGUGGACGUGGACGUGGACGUGGACAUGGACGUGGACGUGGACGUGGACGUGGACGUGGACGUCGAUAUGGACGUGGACGUGGACGUGGACAUGGACGUGGACGUGGACGUGGACAUGGACGUGGACGUGGACAUGGACGUGGACGAUGACGUGGACGUGGACAUGGACGUGGACGUGGACGUGGACGUGGACGUGGACGUGGACGUGGACAUGGACAUGGACGUGGACGUGGACGUGGACGUGGACAUGGACGUGGACGUGGACAUGGACGUGGACCUGGACGUGGACGUGGACGUGAACGUGGACGUGGAUGUGGACGUGGACGUGGACGUGGACAUGGACGUGGACAGGGACGUGGACGUGGACAUGGACGUGAACAUGGACGUGGACGUAGACAUGGACGUUGACGUGGACAUGGACGUGGACAUGGACGUGGACGUGGACAUGGACGUGGACAUGAACGUGGACAUGGACGUGGACGUGGACGUGGACGUGGACAUGGACGUGGACAUGGACGUGGACAUGGACGUGGACAUGGGCGUGGACAUGGACAUGGACGUGGACUUGGACGUGGACAUGGACGUGGACAUGGAGGUGGACAUAGACGUGGACGUGGACGUGGACGUGGACGUGGACAUGGACGUGGACGUGGACGUGGACGUGGACGUAGACAUGGACGUGGACAUGGACGUGGACGUGGACGUGGACGUGGAUAUGGACGUGGACGUGGACGUGGACGUGGACGUGGAGGACUUGGACGUGGACGUGGACGUGGACGUGGACAUGGACGUGGACGUGGACGUGGACGUGGACAUGGACGUGGACGUGGACGUGGACGUGGACAUGGACGUGGACAUGGACGUGGACGUGGACGUGGACGUGGACAUGACAUGGACGUGGACGUGGAGGACUUGGACGUGGACAUGGACGUGGACGUGGACCUGGACGUGGACGUGGACGUGA